CCCAGCGUUGUGUGGAUGGGAUCCAUCAACGCUGAGCCGGGGAGGGGACAGGAGGGGACACAGAGGGGACCGACGCCGUGUCCCUGUCCCGCAGUUCACGACCUGAUCUUCUGGAGGGACGUGAGGAGGAGCGGCUUGGUGUUCGCCUCCAGCCUGCUGCUGCUGCUGUCCUUGGCCGCCUUCAGCGUGGUCAGCGUGGUGGCUUACCUGGUGCUGGCCCUGCUGUCCGUCACCAUCAGCUUCCGCGUCUACAAGUCGGUCAUCCAGGCGGUGCAGAAGUCUGAGGAGGGGCAUCCCUUCAGGUGAGACCCCCGGGUGGGGGGUGGGGGUGGGCUGGGGGCA